AUGAUAUCCUCCGUACUUCUGAUAUCUCUUUACUUCCUAAGAUUUUCUUCUGCACAUGUCGUGCAUGCUAAAACAACAAUCAAUGAAACGUGUAUAAACUACGGUCGAAAUUAUGACUGUCGAUUUUAUCAAUGUUAUGAAGAACGUUUUCCAUGUGGACCGUCGUAUUGGAUGUUGAAAUGGGGAUACAAAUAUUGCGACCGUAUGCAAAGAGCUGCAUUUAACUUCGAUAAGACUGGUCAAGAAUUAAUCAAAAAACUUUCUCAAUGUCUGACUAAUAAACUAUUACGACACGGUCUUUACAAAUUUCAUGACAUUAAUUGUGAAGUUUUACGUUCAACAGGCCAACGUAUUGUUCAAGAAUGCUACAUGUCAAACGCGAAACUCUUUUGCCAAGCAUAUCACGGUAGAAAUCGUGACUGCUUCUUUCAAUUAACUGACAGCGACGAUAGGCACGAUUUAAAUGUUAUACGAACAAUGACAAGUGUUGGACAGAAAUGCUCACCGAAGAAAAAACUUUCUGACAUGAAACCAAAUAAAAAAAUGAAUCAAUGUUUACUAACGCCUACGCUGUAA